UAAAAGGAGGCUGGGCUGCUUUGCAUUGAAGAUUGGGGCGCUAUUGAAAAGCUUUUGAAAAGUGGUGUUGUCUUCCACCCGUGCGUACUUCGAUUCGGGGAGUAUAUUAGAGCCGGACAGCGGCUGCCACAGCAGCGGCACCUUGGGAAGCGUCUCUGAGCGAAGGGGACUCUGCAGGAAAGAGGCAUGCUUUUAUCAAAGAGACCGCAGCUCACGGAGUUUUCCCUAAGUCUUUUUCUUGCGCUGUUAUGCUUGCGAGUAAAGGUGACUCUAACAUCAGGCCAGUUCGAGUUUGAGAUCAUAUCCAUGCAAAAUAUAAACGGCGAAUUGCAAAAUGGAAAUUGUUGUGAUGGGACCCGAAACCCAAUUGAUAAAAAAUGCACCAGAGAUGAAUGUGAUACCUAUUUCAAAGUUUGCCUGAAGGAGUAUCAGUCCCGCGUUUCUGCUGAGGGCGCUUGCAGUUUUGGAUUUGGAUCUACCCCCGUCAUCGGUGGGAAUACCUUUAAUUUAAGAUACAGCCGGAAUAAGGAAAGGAACCGGAUUGUCCUCCCUUUCAGUUUUGCCUGGCCGAGAUCCUACACAUUACUGGUUGAAGCCUGGGAUUACAGCAAUGACAGUGCUAAUGCAGAUAGCAUUAUUGAAAAGGCAUCACACUCUGGGAUGAUCAAUCCAAGCCGUCAGUGGCAGGUCUUGAAGCAAAAUUCUGGCGUAGCUCAUUUUGAAUACCAGAUCCGGGUCACCUGUGAUGAACACUACUAUGGUUUUGGAUGCAACAAACUUUGUCGACCAAGAGAUGACUUCUUUGGACACUAUACUUGUGAUCAGAAUGGCAAUAAAACUUGCUUGGAAGGCUGGAUGGGACCAGACUGUAAUACAGCAAUCUGUCGUCAGGGUUGCAACCCCAAACAUGGUUCUUGUAAAAUGCCCGGAGAAUGCAGGUGUCAGUAUGGAUGGCAAGGCCAGUACUGCGACAAAUGCAUUCCACACCCAGGCUGUGUCCAUGGCACUUGCAACGAACCGUGGCAGUGUCUCUGUGAAACCAACUGGGGUGGCCAGUUCUGCAAUAAAGAUCUCAACUACUGUGGGACUCACCCGCCUUGUUUGAACGGAGGGACCUGUAGCAACACGGGCCCUGACAAAUAUCAGUGUUCCUGCCCUGAAGGCUAUUCGGGACAAAACUGUGAAAUUGCGGAACACGCCUGUCUUUCGGAUCCUUGUCACAAUGGAGGAAGCUGCCUUGAGACCCCUACUGGAUUUGAAUGUGUCUGUGCGCUAGGCUGGGCAGCACCAACCUGCACGCUUAAUAUUGAUGACUGUUCUCCAAACCCCUGUGGGCAUGGAGGUACUUGCCAGGAUCUAGUUGACGGAUUUAAAUGCGUUUGCCCACCUCAGUGGACUGGUAAAACUUGUCAAAUAGAUGCCAAUGAAUGCGAGGGCAGACCUUGUAUCAAUGCCAAUUCCUGCAGGAACCUGAUUGGUAGUUAUUACUGCAAUUGUAUUGCUGGCUGGACUGGCCAGAAUUGUGAGACAAAUAUUGAUGACUGCGUGGGGCAGUGUCAGAAUGGAGGGACUUGUAAGGACUUAGUGAACGGUUAUCGCUGUCUCUGCCCACCUGGCUAUAUUGGGGAUCACUGUGAGAGAGACAUCAAUGAAUGCGCAAGCAACCCUUGUUUGAAUGGGGGCCACUGCCAAGAUGAAAUCAACGGCUUCCAAUGUCUCUGCCUGGCUGGCUUCUCGGGAAACAUCUGUCAGUUGGACAUCGAUUAUUGCGAGCCCAACCCUUGCCAGAAUGGGGCCCAGUGCUUCAAUUACGAGAGCGAUUAUUUCUGCAGCAACUGUCCGGAUGAUUACGAGGGCAAGAACUGUUCCCACCUCAAAGAUCACUGCCGCUCAACUCCUUGUGAAGUGAUUGACAGCUGUACUGUUGCUGUCGCUUCCAACAGCACCCCAGAAGGGGUCCGCUAUAUCUCUUCCAACGUUUGCGGCCCCCAUGGCAAGUGCAAGAGCCAAGCGGGAGGCAAGUUUACUUGUGAAUGCAACAAAGGCUUCACUGGCACCUACUGUCAUGAAAACAUCAAUGACUGUGAGAGUAACCCAUGUAAAAAUGGGGGCACGUGCAUUGACGGCAUCAACUCCUACAAGUGCAUUUGUAGUGAUGGCUGGGAGGGCACCUUCUGUGAAGCAAAUAUCAAUGAUUGCAGUAAAAGCCCUUGCCACAAUGGAGGGACGUGCCGAGACUUGGUCAAUGACUUUUUCUGUGAAUGUAAAAACGGCUGGAAAGGAAAAACCUGCCACUCACGUGACAGUCAGUGCGAUGAAGCCACGUGCAACAAUGGAGGGACGUGUUACGACGAGGGCGAUGUCUUCAAAUGCAUGUGCCCUGCCGGAUGGGAUGGAGCCACUUGCAAUAUAGCACGGAAUAGCAGCUGCCUGCCAAACCCCUGCCAUAAUGGGGGAACAUGUGUUGUAAGUGGAGAGUCUUUCACGUGUGUCUGCAAAGAAGGCUGGGAAGGACCUACGUGCACCCAGAAUACAAAUGACUGCAGUCCACAUCCUUGCUACAAUAAUGGAAUCUGUGUGGAUGGAGACAAUUGGUACCGCUGUGAAUGUGCUCCAGGUUUUGCAGGUCCUGACUGCAGGAUAAAUAUCAAUGAAUGUCAGUCUUCACCUUGUGCUUUUGGAGCAACGUGUAUAGAUGAAAUCAAUGGAUAUCGCUGUAUUUGUCCACCUGGCCGCGGUGGUCCCAGAUGUCAAGAAGUUUCAGGAAGACCCUGUGUUGCCAGUGGGCAUAUUAUUCCGGAUGGCUCAAAGUGGGAUGACGAAUGCAACAGCUGUCAGUGUGUGAAUGGGAAAGUCUCCUGUUCUAAGGUCUGGUGCGGUCCAAAGCCUUGUGUGAUCAACGCCAAGGGCCACAGUGAAUGUCCCCCAGGCCACACCUGUCAUCCUGUUAAAGCUGAUCACUGCUUUGUCCCACCCUGUGACAACGCAGGCGAAUGCUGGCCAUCAAAUCAACAGCCAGUGAAAAUGACCUGCAGUUCAGAUUCUUACUAUCAGGAACAUUGUGCUAACAUUACCUUCACCUUCAACAAAGAGAUGAUGACUCCGGGUCUGACAACUGAGCAUAUCUGCAGUGAGCUGCGGAAUCUGAAUAUCUUGAGGAAUGUCUCCAUUGAAUAUGCUCUCUACAUCACCUGUGAGCCCUCGCAUUUGGCAAGCAAUGAAAUUCAUGUGGCAAUUUCUGCCGAAGAUAUCCAGGAGGAAAAUAAUCCAGUCAAGGAAAUAACUGAUAAAAUUAUCGACCUGGUCAGCAAACGGGAUGGGAAUAGCACGCUUAUUGCAGCUGUUGCAGAAGUCCGAGUGCAGAGGCGGCCAGUUAAGAGCAAAACAGAUUUCUUGGUUCCAUUACUGAGCUCCAUUUUAACUGUGGCUUGGAUCUGUUGCCUGGUCACCGCUUUCUAUUGGUGCAUCAGGAAGCGGCGAAAGCAGAGCACCCAUACGCACACCGCCUCGGAAGACAACACCACCAACAACGUGCGGGAGCAACUGAACCAGAUCAAGAACCCCAUAGAGAAACAUGGGGCCAAUGCUGUGCCGAUCAAAGACUAUGAGAACAAGAACUCCAAAAUUGCCAAAAUAAGGACACACAAUUCAGAGGUGGAAGAAGAUGACAUGGACAAGCACCAGCAGAAAACCCGAUUUGCCAAGCAGGCAACCUACACGUUAGUAGACAGAGAUGAAAAGCCACCCAACGGCACUCCUACAAAACACCCAAAUUGGACAAACAAACAAGACAACCGGGACUUGGAAAGCGCACAAAGUUUAAAUCGAAUGGAAUAUAUUGUAUAGCAGACAGCAGGUGCUGCCGUGCAGGGCCUUUACCUAUCAAUCUAAGGCAACUCGGAGCUUGUAGUUCUUAAAACGGUUGUGUAAUAUUUUGAGUCUAAGGCUAUUAUUUGCUUAAUAUCCCUGUGUUAAUUUAAGUUUUGACAAGCUGGCUUACACUGGCAGUGAUAGUUGCUGUGGUUGGCUGGAUUACCAAGUGCUGCAUUUCACAUCUAUGCAAAACUAGUCAAAAAAAAAAAAAUGCCCCUGUGUCAAUUCAGCCACAGCCAAUGCAUCCCAGAAAGGUUUCAUGAGGAAUCACUAGGAUUUUAUUUCGCUUUUUUUUCCCCCCCUGUAGGGGGAAAGAAAUAUAUACAUAUUGGUGAGUCUGUUUUGUUUUUUCCUCCCUCCCUCUCCCUCCCUCUCUCGAGAUGUCACAGUCUGUAGUCUUAGAAGACAAAUAUGUUUUAUUUAUUUAUUGAAUUAGAGUUCUUUUGUAUAUUGGUUUUAUGGUGACAUGCAACUAGUUCUGUAUUUGAAAGUGCCUUUGCAGCUGAGAACCACAGCAACUAUCAAAAAAAAAAAGUUUAUUAUUUAUUUUUUUAUUGUAUUUUUUUUUUGGUUUUGUUUUGUUUUGUUUGGGGGAAGGGAGGGACCAGGAAGAUUCAUGUCAGCAGUUGCUGGUUAAAAAAAAUAAUAAUGAAGAAUCGAGAGGAAAAUGUGUCAAAAGUGUAGAAGUUUGUAUAGUUAUGUAAAUAAUUCUUUUUUUUAUUAAUCACUGUGUAUAUUUGAUUUAUUAACUUAAUAAUCAAGAGCCUUAAAUAUCAUUCCUUUUUUUUUAUUUAUACAUAUGUGUUUAGAGCUGAAGUUUUUUCAUAGCAUUGUAUGCUUAUGGCUUCUUUACUUUUUUACUUUUUUUUUUCUCCGUUGUUACAUGUUGCCUACAUGCCAAAAUUUAAAUGUUUUGAAUUUUGUUUUGUCUUAUUUUUAAUUUUUAACAAUAGGAAGAGAUUUCUAGCCUUCGAUGCUGACUUUUUUUGUAUGAUGUCAAAUGUGUCUCUUUUAUUCCUUUGGAAACAGCUUCCAUAGUAUCACAUUCAUAUUUUUUUUUUUUUUUUGUAAAAUACCAGCCAAGGCAGUUAGAUCUAGAUUUUCUCUCUCUCUCUUUUUUUUCUGGCUGCUUUAAAAGAUGGGGUGGGAGGGAAGGAAAGGAUGAGAGGCAGAUCAUAUGCUUCAGAGCAGCUUAAGGGAACACAAAGGAGCUAUAACCUCUGUAGAUGAAACGUGAGAGUUGUGAGUGGUUGCAUGUAAUUAAAAAAAAAAAUACCGAAUUAGUGUGUGAAGUUGGAAGCACCAAAAUCUUAUUUUGUAAAUUCUUGAUUUUCUCCCCCCCAAAAAUAGUAUAAAACUGAACCAUCUGUAGAUUUCAUUUCUUUUCUUUGUAAUCUACUGUGUGUAGAAAGUAUUCUAAUAAGCUAGUUGUUGAAUACUUGAACAGUAGAAUGUCCAGUAAGAUCACUGUGUAGAUUUGCCCAUAGGUUCCACUGCCCGCCUUAAAAAGAAAUAAGGAAAUCAAAGUGCUAUUACAAAAGUUGGAUGAUCAAAUAAUAUUUUUUUUUAAAAAAGGGUUCAAACAUUGACCACUUGGAUCACAGAAAUAACUUGUAUGAUAAUAUUAGUGUUACAUGAACAUGAAAAUACAUCUUUUGAUGUGUUAUUCCUGGCAAUAAAUCUUGAAAAAUAUUUAUUAAAUUUUUUUUUGUAUAAAACUGUGAAAAAAUGAGCUUCAUUGAGCUGCUGACUUCAGUGUCUGGCAAAGAUAUUUUUCAUAGCGUUAGCAUCAAGACCCUUUCUCAGCUCAAUGCCACCUAUGUGUUGGAAUACAACUCAAAAUUGCCCCAGGUUGAUGCUACCUACAGCAGUAGAACCUUCUACUCCGUUUAAGAGAGUAUAGAGCCAUCAAUAGGCCAAGAUGGCAUUUGUGUCCCCACAGAUACACAAUCCAACUAGGUCUUCACUAGGUACAUGUAAUUGCACUAGAUCCCAGCUUCCUUUGCUUGGAAGAAUCUGGGGAUUCAAUUGGUCAUGUGCACCCACUGCCACUGUUGUGGGAAUGGGGAGUGGUCAUUUCACUACAGUCCUAUCUGGAAAUUGUAAUUUAGCACAAUUAUAAAGUUCAAUCAGUUAGGAAGGAUUGUCCUCCGAUCUCACAGAGCUGAACAAUAAAUUGUAAGGCUGCACGAUGGUGUUCUCUUCGUUGGUGAGUUUUAUGAUGGUGCAACUCACCUAUGAGAUUUGGCUGGGUUCAGACAGCAUAUGAAGCCAUAAUAUGGUGUGUUUGCUUUUGCGUGUUAUGUGAACCUAGCAAAUUAUCAUUUAUUAAAUCAUGAUUAAUUGAA